GCUGAACACCCCCAGCUCUCCUAUUCCAGUGAGCGAUGGAUCACCUGGACAGCUGCACCUACAAGAGUUGUUGGCUACAGGACUAUCUGAGAUCACAUCUUUGGGGACACCUGCUUGGGUUGGCAGCAGAUCCCAAUUAAUCACGGAUUUUCAGAGCCUGAUUUAGCCAAGUGCUUCAGUGCAUGCUUAUUUUUAAACCUAAUCCUGUCGUUGUGUGAACUCAUCGUGCUUCAAUCCCACCAAAUCCACGGACUUGGGCGAGCACUCGGAAUUCGAGCAGAUGCUGUGAGAAACGCUUUGCUCGCUGACAGCUGUGAAGUUUGGAGGACCUCAUCUAGGGGAGAGUGGGGGUCAGGAAGGGAGAUGAGGUCACUCGAACUCCGAACCGAGCGAACAUGAGCGCGCUGGAUUUGACGUCCAUCCUCGACUUCCUGGAAACAGCCAACCUGACGGAGAUCAACUGGACGUGCAGCAACGGCGACUGCAUCACGGUGGACGCCACGACAUGCCCCGGCACGCUCAACAAGAGCGCCCUGCUCUACACCUUGUCCUUCUUCUACAUCUUCAUCUUCGUCAUAGGGCUGGUGGCCAACUCGGUCGUGGUGUGGGUCAACCUCCAAGCCAAGAUGACUGGCUAUGAAACCCACCUGUACAUCUUCAACUUGGCCAUCGCCGACCUGUGCGUCGUCAUCACCCUGCCCGUGUGGGUCGUCUCCCUCGUCCAGCACAACCAGUGGCACAUGGGGGAGAUCACGUGCAAGAUAACUCACCUUAUAUUUUCCAUCAACUUGUACAGCAGCAUCUUCUUCCUGGCUUGCAUGAGCGUGGACCGCUACCUGUCCGUGGCCUAUUUCACCAACUCCAGCAAUCGCAAGAAGAAGGUAAUCCGUCGCUGCAUCUGCAUCCUGGUGUGGCUCCUGGCCUUCUCCGCCUCUCUCCCAGACACCUAUUACCUCAAGACGGUCUCUUCCAGCAACGAGACCUACUGCCGUCCCGUCUACCCGGAGGAGAGCUUCAAGGAGUGGCUGAUCGGCAUGGAGCUCAUCUCCGUCGUGCUGGGCUUCCUUAUCCCCUUCCCCAUCAUCGCUGUCUUCUAUUUCCUCCUCGCCAAGACCAUCUCCGCCUCCAGCGACCAGGAGCGGAAGAGCAACGGGAAGAUCAUCUUCUCCUACGUGGUGGUGUUCCUCGUCUGCUGGCUGCCCUACCACGUGGCCGUCCUGCUUGACAUCUUCUACAGCCUUCACUUCAUCCCCUUCAGCUGCCACAUGGAGAACUUCCUGUACGCCACUCUCCACAUCACUCAGUGUUUCUCCCUGGUCCAUUGCUGCGUCAACCCCAUCCUGUACAGCUUCAUCAACCGCAACUACCGAUACGAGCUCAUGAAAGCCUUUAUUUUCAAGUACUCUGCCAAAACAGGCCUCACUAAACUCAUCGAGGCUUCCAGGGUGUCGGAAGCAGAGUACUCUGCUCUGGAGCAAAAUGCCAAAUGACUGCAACCCCACGAAGAAACCACCCCCCCCGACUCUCUGACCCGGUGUUUCCUUGUGUGUUGUGGUUUUGUUGUUUGUUUGUUUGUUUGUUUUUUACCCCCUCCUCCCUUUCAACGUGCUUGUUAUGAACGGGGCGUGAAUUCCAGCCUACAAAAGAGAGAGCAAAGUGUAAUUUAAGAGUAGAAUCAGCUGCAAAGUGGAAGUGGUACCACAGUUAAAAACCUUUUCUCCUCCUAGCCCAGUCUGGACUUCUCAACAACACUAUGCAAAUGGAAAUGACUUCCUAGCAGACAAAGCCAUUGUGUACCACAAAUAACACACAUUUCCAGGAUAAGCUUUUCCUUCCACCUGUAGAUUCCCUCUUGUCUCCUUGUGUAUGUUUUUAUAUAUAGUGUGUUGUAUUUAAAAGCUCGAGACUUUAUUUUCUGGCUCUUGGUGUACCUUAUACAAUUGUAUUUGAAAGUUAAAUAUAUUUUUAUCAUGUAUUUGAAGUAUAUUGCUGAUGAGUGUAUCCAGAGUGCUGUAGUCUGAGUGUUAGAUUGCCAUUUGGUUUCGAGAGGAUGCUGAUAACUAGAGUGGAAAUGGUCUCUUAGGUGCAUCCUCCCUGGCUGACACACUUCAUCGACCAUAGCUUUAUGUGGUGUCAUACCCACAUGUCUGGAGCAUGAAAUGUAUGUAGUGUAAUAUAGCUGCCAUCAUGUUAAAAUUAACAGUAUUGUCGGAGUCAUUAACUCCUGUGCCCCUGCUUCACCAAGCUGUGUCCUUCUGCACAGAAUGAAUGAUGUUACUGCUGAGAGUUGUCUCUAUUUGUAAGUUAUUUUUGUAAAAUAAAGAUCUGCAAAAAGAAAAA